AUGCGGCUCAAUUCCAAGCUGCAGACGCUGUUGCUGCCGUUCGCACAGACGCCAGCGGGGCGCGACCUGCUGGAUCGAUACCUCGCAGUGCAUCGAGCUACGUUCCCCGAAUACGUGGAGGAGCUGGAAGGUGUGGCGGAGGGCAGCGGCGUGUCAUUCGAGACCGUUUUCAUUGAGAAUAUUGUGGAGGAAUUCUCCAAUUCGAUCCCUCCCAGUUUCCAGAGCGAGGCUUUCCCUACUGAAGAGCGCCACCCAGAAUUGAGGUGCUCGGAUGUUGUGCUGACCGGCGGGGGAAUGCAUGUGGUGGCGCACAAUGAAGAUAGCGGGGAGGUCGACGGGAAUCGCACGGCUAUCGUCAUUGCGAAAAUUGCGGACGAACCGAAGUUUGUGGCCUACACGUACUUGGGUGACCUCCCAUCCGGCGCCUUCGGAUUCAACGAGAACGGCGUCGCGUUCACGCUAAAUUUUGUCCAGCCGGCCGAAAUCUUUGUCGGGGGUCUUGGAAGAGGCUUCGUUUCACGUGACCUGCUGACAGCUCAAGACGCAGAGGAUGCGGUUGCAAUCAUCACGCGUAGGGGUCAAGCUGCUGGUCACAGUUUCCAGCUGAUGGACGUGCGUACUCCGCGUGUGUGGAACAUCGAGGUGGCGUCAUUUGACCGUCACGUGAUCUACGAAUACGCCGGCGAUGGGGGAAAUGUCUCGGCUUUCUUCCACGCGAACCAGUACCAACGUCUCCACGUGGCCCAGCCGCCGUACCAGAGCAGUCUUCAUCGCCUGCAUCGAUACAGUCAGUUGAGCCCUCCCACGACAGUUGAUGAAGCGCUCAAUGUGCUCGGUGAUCAAGAAGAUAAAUCCUGGACCGUGUUCCACGACACUUUGUCACACGAACGUGGCGACUUAUCGGGCUGGACGCUGACAACGGUUGUCUUUGACUUAGACAAGGGAGAGGCUGUGUCAUAUCUCGGGAACCCCGCUCUUCGCCGCAAGAACCUAGUUUGGGAUCUGCAUAAACUGACCGUCCAAGAGCCUUGA